GAUUAAAAACCGAAAAAAUUGAAUAAAAAGUUCUCUCGAGAUCAGGAAUUCCUGAAUGACGAUGAAUUUUUCUAAUUUAAGAACGAUUUCCCCUCUUGAUAUCAAGAAUAAAAAACUACAAAUGAAGACGGGGCGAUGAACUCUCUCAAAGAGAAAAUAGAGGCGAUCGAGAAGUGCUUGAGCUCCGGUUUAUGACAGUUUUACACCGCCACCACGUGUUCUGGACACUAUCGUGUGAUUAACUCAGUGAAAAAAACGAUUUCACGAGUCCGUACAAAGUCCCUCCAUUCUACCCCAUCAAUAACCACCCACUAUUGUCCGAAUUAAUCGCCCGCCGCGGCUACAAUUGAAUGAUAAAUAAUCGUUGAAUGGAAACAUGAAUGAAGAUCCGGAUGAGACGAAAUAGAAAAAACUUAUUCACGACCACGAGACCCAUGAUCGCGUGGCCGGAAAAGCGCAUAGCGAAUAUUCACGAUUCGCUCACAGUCACAAAUAAGACAGAGAAUUAACGUCCAUGUGUAUUUAAUUAUAGAUUUCGGACAUUUUGCGUGCUUUACUCUUCACCCCUUCGUGUUGUUUCGUUCGCGGUCUUCCACGUAGCGUUAGUUUUCGUCGGGUAGUUGAGUUAAUCGCAAUUACAAUCUCAAGAGAGUAGUAUUUACCUUCACGAGUCGAUUGAGUGAAUCAAAGCCGAUAAAUUCCCCCAAAAAUUUAGAAAAUUCGACGAGUUCAUUGAAGUGAAUAUUAUAAGUUUCUAUUUUUUUUAUUCUAUCCAAUUAUUCGUGGGUGGAAGGAAUCUGACACAAUGGGGAUGAUAACCCGGGUGCGAGGCAGAGUGCGAGCAAAUUCUCUAACAGUUGAUAAAGAGAAAACAGCGCAGAGUGUCUGUCUCCUAUCGGCAGUACUACUACUCCCCUACUGUCCACGAGGACCACUUCCUCUUCUUCCGUCGCCGGCCCCAGCUCUCUACUCGGUCCUAGUGCUACCGGUUGUCUUCAGUGCCAACUACAGAUAUCCCGUAUCGAGUCUGAAGACACUCGUGGGAACAUCCGGAGUUGUUGCCAAGCGAGCAUGGAGACCCCUGAGCAUCUUCCUGAAGCGCUUGUACGGGCCGAUCGAUCGGGCUGAGAAUCUCUUCCUGAAGAUGAGGAAUAUUUCCCUGAUGGUGAACCAGCUGGUGUUCCUGGUGCUCGCCGACAAGGUGUUGGUGCCUCCCCAGCAGAGGAUGACGUGCCUGUACAGCCUGAUGUUCUACAAUGUCAUCGCCUACUGCGUGGGGUACAUAAAGGAGCUGGUGGAGAAGGAGGACUGGUCGCCUUAUGUCACCCUGACCGAGAGAUCGAGGAUCAAACAUUUAGCCAUGUCUGCCACGAAGAUCGUACUUGAGUGGACUAAGGCCGUCACCUUCGCUGUCACUGUCACGUUCAUGCUCUUGGUGUUCGGAUUGGAACAGGGGUUGCAGAAUUACAAACCCUCGACCAUGUACACCAUCAUCACCUGGGCGUACUACUCAGCAACGGAGAAAGUCUUCGUCGACAUGUUCCCAGCAAUUCUUAACUUCCUCCAGCUAGAGGCUCUCGAGAACCUCGAAGCCCUCUACGCCCCGGUCAUCCUCCGAUCCUUCACCAUCUCCAUGUCCUCUCUGUUCAUCCUGAUUCUCCUGCCGACAGCCACCUGGAGAUUUCUCCUCGUCGCCACCUACUUGAACGUCUUCCUCAGGACGAAGGAGCUGAUGAAGAAUUCGGGAAGUGCUCUUUGGGCCGAGAGACAGAUCCUCAAUAAAUAUCGAAAGGCGACCCUCGAGGAGAUCGAAAAAUUCGAUGACGUAUGCGCUGUUUGUCUCUUCACAAUGGUUAAGGCACGAGUCACCCCCUGUCAUCAUCUAUUCCACGCUGAUUGCUUGAGGCAGUGCCUGAAGACCAGCGACAAGUGCCCCAUGUGCAAGAGGGAGUUGAAAUUCGAUUGAUCAAUUGUUGAGUGAUUGAUUGGGCAAUUGGUGGAGUUUAUUCUAUUUAGUCUUAGAGUUUUGCAGGGCUAGGGGACUUGGAGCACAACGAGGGAGGUUUUUGUACUUUGAUACUGACACAAGGGUUUUUUUUUCGUAGAUUUUUUUAUGAUUUUCGAUCAGGGGUUUUCGGUGGGAACAGAAUGACGAUAUCCACGCGCUCCAAAGUGGAUGGAAUAACAGCGAUUUUAGGGCGUGUUGUGUUGGAAAAUUUACCAGUGCCGAUGUAAUACUAUUUUAUUUUACAAUAUAAUUGUAAAUCAAUGUUAUCAUUUAUGUUUCAUAGAUGAAAAUCCGUGAGGUAUUCCGAAGUUUGACUGUUAGCAAUCAGAAGAGUGUGAAGUGAUGAAACAAAAUAAUUCUACUAUUUAGUUAUGGAACGGAGAUUGUUGGGAUUUGUUUAUCAACAUAAAUAUGAGGUUUAUCACCUAAAGUUGAUGUAUUCUCGAAAAAUUCCCCACAAUUCAAUUAAUUGCGUUUUAUCUCUUCACAGAUGAAUGACAGAUACAAAAUUUUGAGUCAACUUCAUGUAAAUAAUAUUAUAAAUCAAUUAAUUCCUUUUUUUCUACCCGAGACAGACGAUA